AUGGCUUCAUCGCAUAUGCGCCGCUCUCUGCGGCUAAUAGAGUCUACAAACUUUACAAAAGUUCCAUCUAGACUGCACUCCCGAUCCACCAGCCAGCACAUCCUCGCCCUUACCAGAUCAAUCACCACCACCUCUUCCUACAAAUCCAUCACCACCAACAACAGCAACAACCCAGCAACCCGGACAGCCCCCAAACCUCCUAUUGCCUCUACACCAACCCUGCCAGCAAAACCAUCCACCACCUCCACCGCACCCGCACCCACAACAGACGACCGCACCGCCCGCAUCCUCGCCCCAACACCCACCCACCAAACCACAACCAACAUCUCCAAAACCGGUUUCGCCGACGCCCCUCUCUCGCCGGACUCACCCCCCGAAGAAAAAAUCGACUGGACGCGCUCCUUCCACGGGCUCUCCGCCGCGCCGUUCCCCAAGGAAGUAGCCGAUAUCCUCCUCGCGGAAGUCGACCCCGAAGAAGUCGAGAUCAAGCCCGAUGGCAUCCUGUACCUCCCCGAGAUCAAGUACCGGCGGAUCUUGAACCGGGCAUUUGGGCCGGGGGGUUGGGGCCUUGUGCCGCGGAGUGAGAGUAUUGUUACGCCGCGCACGGUGACGAGGGAGUAUGCUUUGGUUUGUAAUGGGCGGUUAGUGUCUGUCGCGCGGGGCGAGCAGGAUUACUUCACGCCGGAUGGGAUCCCGACUGCAACAGAAGGGUGUCGGUCUAAUGCGCUGGUGCGCUGCUGCAAGGAUCUGGGGAUUGCGAGCGAGCUGUGGGAUCCGCGGUGGAUUCGCAAGUUCAAGGCGCAGUAUACGCGGGAGGUGUUUGUCGAGCAUGUUGUUAACAAGAAGCGGACGAAGAUCUGGGUGCGCAAGGAUGAUCAGGUGUCGUAUCCGUGGAAGGAGACCGGGACUAAGUAG